CCCCAGUCCUCGCUGCUAUAUGGGAAGUGUUGGCUUCCGCAGCAGAUGAAAGGCCACUAGGUAGAUGGAGGAUGCCUGCCCUGAGGGUUUCGUUUUGAGGAUGCUGGGUGCGCCUAAAACUUUGGUGCGGUGUGUGGCAAUGCUGCUUUGGUCCUAGCUACAGGAGCAAUACUUCUGUUUUCAUCCCUGCCGUUAGACAAAGCGGCUCUGCUGACAUUGUGAGUGACAGAGUUUCUUCGCAAACAACAAGGUCACAACCAGGAGGCCAAUAUGGCGGACCUCUGCCACAGAAGGAAAACGCUGCUCUUCGCCAUUUUCUUCCUCACACUUUUGGGAUAUGUGCUCGUCCAGUACGUUCGGCCGGCACUGUGGAUGUUCGAGACACCGAUGAGGAAAAUGCCCCAGGGGCUUCCCAUUCCCAAAUCUCUCGUCCCUGUUCAAUACAACAAUACAAGAAAUACAACUGUUUUAGUGUGGUACUGGGCCUUUGGACGUACUUGCGACUACUGCCGACAGCACUUGCAGCCUAACGUGUGCCUAGAAAGGUAUGGCAUCCCGAACUGCAUUUUGUCAGAUGAUAGGUCCUUGUUCCCUCAGGCAGAUUACAUCAUUUUCCACAAUCGAGAGCUAAUCGAAUACACCGAAAAGCUGCCAGAACAUUUGCCCCGCCCACCUAAUCAGGCGUGGGUGUGGUUCUCCAGGGAAACCCCACCCCAUAAUGGAGACACCAGAUUCUUGGCUGCUAAAUUCAACUACACAUUGUUCUACCGACGUGACUCUGACUUUUUCAUGCCGUUUGGCUGGCUUGUGCCACGCAAAGACACAACUGGGAUAACGAUUGAUGAUGUCGUUCCGAAAGAAAAGACCCAUUUGGCGUGCUGGGUUGUUAGCAAUUUCCAGCCCCAUCACGAGCGAACAAAGUUCUACUACAAACUGAAGGAGGUCAUGCCAGUGGAGGUGUGGGGAGGAGCAGUGAAGAGAGGCUUGAAUGGUGACGACCUGCGGCCCACAAUAUCUCGCUGCUACUUCUACCUGUCCUUUGAGAACUCCAUCUUCCCGGACUACAUAUCAGAGAAGGUGUGGAUAAAUGCCUUCGAAGGGGGAGCAAUACCGGUAGUUUUAGGUCCACCCAGGAAGAACUAUGAGGAAAUGUUGCCAAAAGAUUCUUUCAUUCACGUGAAUGACUUCAAGUCUGUGGGUGAGCUUGCAGAAUUCCUGAAGAACCUGUCCAAGGAUAAGGAACGCUACGCCUCGUAUUUUAGAUGGAAACUGAACUACACUACACACAGCUUCGCUGGCGUUGAAGACUGGCUAGUGGAACCGUUUUGUCGAGUCUGCAUACAACAGAACACCUUACAAAGGCCCAAGGUUUAUCAGGAUUUGCAUGGUUGGCAAUGGAGAAGAUAGAAAGAAAGUUUAUCAGGAUUUACAUGGUUGAUAAUGGAAUAGAAGGGAAUCUCUGAAAUAACCGAGACUUUCAGUUAAGGUUGUUCCAGACAGGGGAAGUCAGGGAAAUUGUUAAAUUAGUGAGCAAAUCCAGGGAUUAUCAGGGCCUAUUGGUGGGGGUGCAAUAGUUAAAAGUUUAGUUUACUUUAUUUAGUUUAGUUCAACAGGGACCAUGCACAACAGACGUUGUUUGUAGAAGUAAAAAAAUGGCUUGUGCCAGAUUAUAGCUAUAUAGCUAAUUUCCAUCUGCAGUCCCUGGACAGGUAAAACUAAUAUUAAAAUACAGUACAUAAACAAAUAACCAAAUAAGCACAUCCAUAGGCCAUGGGUCAGGAUUUGUCAGAUUGGGAGACUACAAUCACCCCUAAUGGUGGAUCUUGACGUUCUGCUCAUCAGUUCAGAGCAGGGUUGAACAAAUGUUCUUAGAGGUGGGAGUGCUGCAUUGUGAAUGAUUUUAUGGAUUAGCCGCAGAUCAGAAAAUUGUAUGAUGUUUUCAAGGCUGAGCAUAUUAUACUUGCUCAGUAUGGGAGAAUGGUGGUACUGAAAAGAUCUUCUAUCUAGGACCUUCAGGGCCUGCUUGUAUAGUGAAUCAAUGGAUUGUAAGACAGUCUUGUUGGCCUGGGACCAGCUUGAUAAACAAUAAUGCAGGUGGGACAUAAUCAUAACCUAAUGGCUGUGU